CCUUUCCUUUGUCAGUAUACAUCAUCUUCUUCCCCCAAAUUUCCAAUACAAAUGCCAAUAGAGGCUCCCCAUCUCCAUGCAAGCUUUUUCGUGCACCUCUUCGUCGCGGCGACACCUCUGACCGGGAACUGCGUCGGAGCCGCGACGGCAAUCGGAGGCAUCGCCGCAAGUAGCAUUGAACUGAGGACCACCCUCCCAACGGAUUCCAUUACGGCCAUCAUCGCCGUGCUGCUGCAGCGGCAAUUGGAAGCAUCGUUGCACCUCCGACCAGAGACUUCGUUCACGCCAAACAUCAAACACUAACAGUGGAGCCAUCACCAUCCCUGCUGGGGCUUCUCCGUACACCGUUACCACCGUGGCACUGAUCCGAAGGCAUUACUGAUUGGAAGCACCACCAGCAUCACUUCUUCCUUUCAUUGCCAUUGAAUAGUUUUCCUCCUUCCCAAAUGUUUUCACAUCUUUAUUUCUUGUUUAAAUGUUCUCUGAUUAUGAUCCUUACAUAGUGUUUCACAAUUAAACUCAAUAAUGGAGGAAUUGACGUAUAUCCACUACAGCAGAGAUGAUUUCUAGAGUGGAAUUAUCAUUUGAAAUAGAAGGAGUAGAAGUGUACCUUAAUUCGCUUUGCUGUUAUUGCUCUCUGUGCUAUCUGCUGCUGGUCCUUCCUCCACCACCGAGUUCGGUUGGUCUCCGGAAAAAUAUAUAUUUCUAUCUUUGAGAAAUAUAUAGCCGAUGGUUUAAAAUAGAGCUGAUUGAGGCAGUACAUGCACUUUAUAUAUACGUUUAGACUGAACUGUGAUCUUCUUAAAGUGAGUUAAGUUGCUGAUAAGAUAGCUAGGCAAUCAUUCGGCUAGCAUGGACGUAGCACAUUGUUAUUUAAAGGGGAAUGCUGAUGCUGUGGAGUUUUGUCCGUAUGAUUUGUAUCAUAACGUUUUGGCGGUAUCCACUUACACAUUACAAGAAGGUUGUCAGCCCAAUCGACAUGGAAGCAUAUCACUUUUCAAUGUUGAUGAGGACAAAGGCCACCUUGACAUGGUUUUUAGUGAGGAAACUGCUGGGAUUUUUGACAUAAAGUGGAGCCCACCUGGAGGACGUUUGAAUCCUUUUCUAGCUCAAGCAGAUGCUGAUGGAUACUUGAGAAUUAAAAUGCUGGAAGGUGGCUCUAACGGAGUGGAAGGGGUUACUCUAAAGGAGAUCAUUAAGGAAAAAAUCAGCAACUCUAUGUGCUUGUACCUGGAUUGGAACCCUUCAGCCACAUCUAUCACAGUAGGACUUUCUGAUGGCUCUGUGUCUAUUGUUUCUGUUCUUGAAUCCAAGCUGGAAAUACAAGAACAGUGGAAGGCUCAUGAUUUUGAACUUUGGACAACCUGCUUUGAUAUUCACCAACCAAAUUUGAUAUACACUGGCUCUGAUGAUUGCAAGUUAAGUUGUUGGGAUUUGCGAGAUAGACCUCCUAAUGUGGUAUUUCAAAGCUCUAAGGUCCACAAAAUGGGUGUUACUUGCAUUGAGAAGAGCCCCCAUGAUCCGAAUAUCUUGUUGACUGGUAGCUAUGAUGAAUUCCUGAGGGUAUGGGAUUUAAGGUCUCUCUCAAAACCCCUUAACAAUACUUCAAUUAGCUUAGGGGGAGGAGUUUGGAGGGUUAAGCAGCACCCCUUCAUUCCAGGCUUGGUCUUGGCUGCAUGUAUGCACAAUGGUUUUGCUAUUGUUGCUAUUAAAGGUGACAAUGCUGAAGUAUUGGAAACUUACAACAAACAUGAUUCUCUUGCUUAUGGAGUAGACUGGCAGAAAGGUGAAGCAAAUCAUUUAGGUGGGAAAACCAAACCAUUGAUGGCUACUUGCUCAUUCUAUGACAAACAUUUUCGGGUGUGGAGGUCAGCAAAUGAUAUUAUUAUCUUGUAGAAUGCUCAUUCUUGCUUAACUUUAACACAUUAGGAAAUGUGAUGCACAGUUUAUUUAUUCAAUCAUGGUUUGCAUUAUUUUGACAA